AUGGAAGACGAUCCGCCUCCGAUGGUGGAGGGGCAGUGUACAACAUUGGUCCCGUCCGCUGCGGGUGAUGAGCCUGAGGGCGGGGACGUGCCUGUGAUGGAUGACGGUGUCCCUGUAUCUCGUGACAGUGUACCAGAACAACAGAAGGGUCACAACACCACCGUGGUAGUACCAGAACAACAGGAGGGUCACAACACCACCUUGGUAGUACCAGAACAACAGAAGGGUCACAACACCACCUUGGUAGUACCAGAACAACAGAAGGGUCACAACACCACCUUGGUAGUACCAGAACAACAGAAGGGUCACAACACCACCUUGGUAGUACCAGAACAACAGAAGGGUCACAACACCACCUUGGUAGUACCAGAACAACAGAAGGGUCACAACACCACCUUGGUAGUACCAGAACAACAGAAGGGUCACAACACCACCGUGGUAGUACCAGAGCAACAGAAGGGUCACAACACCUUGGUAGUACCAGAACAACAGGAGGGGCACAACACCACCUUGGUAGUACCAGAACAACAGAAGGGUCACAACAACACCUUGGUAGUACCAGAACAACAGGAGGGGCACAACACCACCUUGGUAGUGCCAGAACAACAGAAGGGUCACAACACCACCGUGGUAGUACCAGAACAACAGAAGGGUCACAACACCACCGUGGUAGUACCAGAACAACAGGAGGGUCACAACACCACCUUGGUAGUACCAGAACAACAGAAGGGUCACAACACCACCUUGGUAGUACCAGAACAACAGAAGGGUCACAACACCACCUUGGUAGUACCAGAACAACAGGAGGGGCACAACACCACCUUGGUAGUGCCAGAACAACAGAAGGGUCACAACACCACCUUGGUAGUACCAGAACAACAGGAGGGGCACAACACCACCUUGGUAGUACCAGAACAACAGAAGGGUCACAACAACACCUUGGUAGUACCAGAACAACAGAAGGGUCACAACACCACCGUGGUAGUACCAGAACAACAGAAGGGUCACAACACCACCUUGGUAGUACCAGAACAACAGAAGGGUUACAACACCACCUUGGUAGUACCAGAACAACAGAAGGGUCACAACACCACCGUGGUAAUACCAGAACAACAGAAGGGUCACAACACCACCUUGGUAGUACCAGAACAACAGAAGGGGCACAACACCACCUUGGUAGUACCAGAACAACAGAAGGGUCACAACACCACCUUGGUAGUACCAGAACAACAGAAGGGUUACAACACCACUUUGGUAGUACCAGAACAACAGAAGGGUCACAACACCACCUUGGUAGUACCAGAACAACAGAAGGGUCACAACACCACCGUGGUAGUACCAGAACAACAGAAGGGUCACAACAACACCUUGGUAGUACCAGAACAACAGGAGGGGCACAACACCACCUUGGUAGUGCCAGAACAACAGAAGGGUCACAACACCACCGUGGUAGUACCAGAACAACAGAAGGGUCACAACAACACCUUGGUAGUACCAGAACAACAGGAGGGGCACAACACCACCUUGGUAGUGCCAGAACAACAGAAGGGUCACAACACCACCGUGGUAGUUCCAGAACAACAGAAGGGUCACAACAACACCUUGGUAGUACCAGAACAACAGGAGGGGCACAACACCACCUUGGUAGUACCAGAACAACAGAAGGGUCACAACACCACCGUGGUAGUACCAGAGCAACAGAAGGGUCACAACACCACCUUGGUAGUACCAGAACAACAGAAGGGUCACAACACCACCGUGGUAGUACCAGAACAACAGGGUCACAACACCACCUUGGUAGUACCAGAACAACAGAAGGGGCACAACAACAGCUUGGUAGUACCAGAACAACAGGAGGGUCACAACACCACCGUGGUAGUACCAGAACAACAGGAGGGGCACAACACCACUUUGGUAGUACCAGAACAACAGGAGGGUCACAACAACAGCUUGAACGGAAAACGUAGUUACCACCAACAGGAGCUGUCAUGGGCGGUGAUAGCACCCGUUGUGAGCCAGAUCAACGCGAGCACAGGAAGAACUCUCAAUAACAAAGCACACACAGGGGAAAGCAAAGGUGUUCAGAGCCGUAAAGGCAUCAAAACGCAGCUCAAUGAUGAAGAUGUAAUGUCAUUGUUGUUUAUCCAGCCGUGCUCGGCCAAGUCCCCGCCCGACCACCUCCAGCCGUGCUCGGCCAAGUCCCCGCCCGACCACCUCCAGCCGUGCUCGGCCAAGUCCCCGCCCGACCACCUCCAGCCGUGCUCGGCCAAGUCCCCGCCCGACCACCUCGAGCCGUGCUCGGCCAAGUCCCCGCCCGACCACCUCCAGCCGUGCUCGGCCAAGUCCCCGCCCGACCACCUCGAGCCGUGCUCGGCCAAGUCCCCGCCCGACCACCUCCAGCCGUGCUCGGCCAAGUCCCCGCCCGACCACCUCCAGCCGUGCUCGGCCAAGUCCCCGCCCGACCACCUCCAGCCGUGCUCGGCCAAGUCCCCGCCCGACCACCUCCAGCCGUGCUCGGCCAAGCCUCCGCCCGACCACCUCCAGCCGUGCUCGGCCAAGUCCCCGCCCGACCACCUCCAGCCGUGCUCGGCCAAGUCCCCGCCCGACCACCUCCAGCCGUGCUCGGCCAAGUCCCCGCCCGACCACCUCCAGCCGUGCUCGGCCAAGUCCCCGCCCGACCACCUCCAGCCGUGCUCGGCCAAGUCCCCGCCCGACCACCUCCAGCCGUGCUCGGCCAAGUCCCCGCCCGACCACCUCCAGCCGUGCUCGGCCAAGUCCCCGCCCGACCACCUCCAGCCGUGCUCGGCCAAGCCCCGCCCGACCACCUCCAGCCCCGUGCUCGGCCAAGUCCCCGCCCGACCACCUCCAGCCGUGCUCGGCCAAGCCUCCGCCCGACCACCUCCAGCCGUGCUCGGCCAAGCCUCCGCCCGACCACCUCCAGCCGUGCUCGGCCAAGUUCCCGCCCGACCACCUCCAGCCGUGCUCGGCCAAGUUCCCGCCCGACCACCUCCAGCCGUGCUCGGCCAAGCCCCCGCCCGACCACCUCUAGCCGUGCUCGGCCAAGCCCCCGCCCGACCACCUCCAGCCGUGCUCGGCCAAGUCCCCGCCCGACCACCUCCAGCCGUGCUCGGCCAAGCCCCCGCCCGACCACCUCCAGCCGUGCUCGGCCAAGUCCCCGCCCGACCACCUCCAGCCGUGCUCGGCCAAGCCCCGCCCGACCACCUCCAGCCGUGCUCGGCCAAGUCCCCGCCCGACCACCUCCAGCCGUGCUCGGCCAAGUCCCCGCCCGACCACCUCCAGCCGUGCUCGGCCAAGUCCCCGCCCGACCACCUCCAGCCGUGCUCGGCCAAGUCCCCGCCCGACCACCUCCAGCCGUGCUCGGCCAAGUCCUCGCCCGACCACCUCCAGCCGUGCUCGGCCAAGUCCCCGCCCGACCACCUCCAGCCGUGCUCGGCCAAGUCCCCGCCCGACCACCUCCAGCCGUGCUCGGCCAAGUCCCCGCCCGACCACCUCUAG